AUGGCAUCUUGGCCUCCAGAGAGCUUGGGCGCUGACCCGGAAGUGAUACUCAAUGAAUGCGAAAUUAUGGAGGUGCUUCCGGAGAAGGGGGAAGGAAAGCAAUUUAUACAGGUGGUGGAGAUGGCAACGCUGUUGUACCUUGGGGAAUUUGUGCAUGCACGGCAUCUUUGGCGUCGAUGGAAAGACAACAAUCCCUCCACUUUGUUGGCUGAAUGGUGGAAGGUUGGAGCUGGAAUGAUGAGUAACGAGCCAAAGGCGAUUUGGGAAGGACUGGCACACAUUGAAGCAACUCAUCCAGCUCCAAUAAAGUCGUAUGCGCAAGAAGUAGGAAUCGCCUUUCGAAAAAAUAUCUUGGAUUCUUAUUCUACGGUUCAGCCCUAUUUGGCGCUUUUGAACUUUUCGUCGGCUGAAGAAGCCCAGCAGUUCCUGCUGCAACCUAUUGCUGCUCGGACCUGGAGCAACAAUUCUGUACAACGCAAAACUUCGUUGACCCAGGUCGUGGCGUUCUUGGACAGCGCCACUUCUGUCGAUACAAAGGCAUAA